AUGCUGGUGCAGCUUCUGCUGUUGCCGUACGAAUUUUUCGGAUGCACGUUGGCCAAAACGCAAACGAGACAAUCGUGCGACAAAACCCGGCGCAUCUUCACGCAAUCGCACGGUGAAAUUAGUGACGGUCCAACCGGGUCUAAUUACACACAGGAUUCUCACUGCGAGUGGCUGAUACGCGCCCAGAAUGACAGUCAAUUUAUAAUGCUCAAGUUUCGCAGCAUGGGCACCGAGUGCUCGUAUGAUUACAUUUUCAUAUACGACGGUGAUUCGUUCCGAUCGCCGUUGUUGGGUAGCUUCAGUGGCAACACGGAACCGCAACACGUGAUCGCAGGUUCUGGUAGUAUGCUAAUUCUACUGUACAGCGAUACUAAUUACGUGUUGGAAGGUUUUCGGGCUGAGUUUUCCGUCACGAACUGCCCCAACAACUGCUCCGGAAAUGGGCGAUGUAUUGAUCACUCGUGUGUUUGUGAUUCGGGAUGGAUAGGAGACGACUGCAGUCUGGAAGCGUGUCAUAAUUACUGCGGGAAAAGCGAACAACGAGGGAAGUGUUCGAAUGAUCGCUGCGAAUGCUCAAAAGACUAUAUGGGACAGUCGUGUGGCUUGCACAGGUCACAGCCCACUCCCAAGGAGUGGCACUGGUUAUCGAAUUCUAAAAUUGGACUGCCUCCGCGAGCGGCCCAUACGGCCGUGUACUACGAACCGUCGGAUUCGUUGUACGUUUUCGGAGGAUACAACUUAAACGAGGUGUUCGACAGUUUGUACGUCUUCCGGUUUGACAGGAACUACUGGGAGGAUGAGUGGGGUUUCCGAGUGGACCAGAACUACUCCGAACCGUCUACGGAGGAAGAGAAAACCCUACGAAGGGUGCUGUUUUUGGAGGAGGAAUCGGACCGGUUGGGACUGUCGCGGGAACCCAACUUCCUGAGUAACGUGAUUUACACGCUUUCGGAUAAUCGAACCGGUGUCGCCUAUGGAGAUGGGAAUAUCAACGGAUCACGCCCCGCUGGCCGGUACGGACAUGCUGCCGCUGUUGUUACGGAUGGAUUCGUCAUCUUCGGAGGCAAGCUUGCGAGCGGUGAACUGACGAAUGAUCUGUGGUUGUACAAUGUUUCGCACAACGGAGGCUCGUGGAUUGAACGUGCCUCGGAAUCAUCCUUUCGACCACCGGCUCUCACGCGCCACACAUUAACCCUGGCGGAUGGUUUUCUGUACGUGUUCGGAGGUGCGAUGGAGGACGGAGAGUUUACAUCGAAAUUGUUCCGAGUGAAGCUUUCCUCGGACGCCCCGGAAACGGAACAGUGGGAGGAAGUCAUUCCACGCGGUGGAAAAUCCUUGGAUGUGCGAAUGGUGGCACACACAACGUCGUACCAGCGAGCUACAAAUUCACUCAUCGUGUACGGUGGGCUGCUCGCGAAUGUGGCUCGAUUUUCGCGCCUUUCCGAGCGUAUGUUUGCGUUUCAGUUAGACCACAAGCACUGGGCGGAACUGCAGUAUCCGAGGACGGCACUACACGAUGGUUACGCUCCCCGGGAACGUGCUUUCCACACGACCAACAUCAUCGGCAACUAUCUGAUCGUGUUCGGAGGGUACUCGCACAAGCACAACAAGGAGGAAAUAUGCUACGACAAUCAGAUGUAUCUGUACCAUCUCGGAUGCCACAGUUGGAUCAAUCCGGAGGUGUUAGGUCCGGCUCCGAGUAGCAAGCUGCGUUACCCUAAAAAGCAAGGCGUUUUUGCGCACGCCGCCGCGGUUCGGAAAGGAAACACGCUGCUCGUGGUUGGUGGUUACCAUGGAAACGUGAAUGGCGAUCUGCUAGCUUACUCGCUGCCGCUGAUGCUCGUCGUACACGACGAGGCCACUUUCGCACCGGAAGCCGCCUGUCCACGGCACACUUCCUUCAACGAGUGUCUGGCGGAUCUCGAGUGUGGCUGGUGUUCGGCCGACAGUGUGUGCUACGGACGAACUAUUGGUGCGAAUUGUACCACCAACCUACAAACGACACGCUGCAAGGGUAUCUGCUCGGUGCUGGGAGAUUGCCAUUCGUGUUUGGUUCACGGGAUGGCAACGGCGGAACGAGGUGACAGCAAGGGCCAUCUGCAGCACAAACAAUCAAUCGCUCACAAACUUGGGCUGGAUCAAUGCACGUGGUGCGUGCAGAACGCACGUUGCCACCACAAGGACGAUAACUAUGGUGUGUGUGGGGAGGACACACCCUCGCAGAAACCCGGCUGGUGGGGUUCGAAAGGCACCGAAGUCACGAAACCGACCGAAUGUACCGCUCAAGAUAAGCGACCUGGGCUUACUUUUCUUAAGUAUCUUCAUCCCAUGAACGUGUCCAUGCCGGAUGCGGUGAUGAUCGUGAAUGCUACGAUGGCGGACUUUACAUCGCCUCCUUCCAGCACUCCGACGGAACAGCAGCUUGGUGGGCAGGUGGUUGCGCGGUUGCUGGGUUUCAUCCGUUUUCCACCCGUUACGGACCAAUCGAUGGCGCUACUGCAAGCAUGCGUGAGCCACGCGGACGCUAUCCUUCGUACGGUGCUAGUCCGACGGAGAGGUACGUCCACUAGCUUCCCACUGGCCACCCUUGCUCUGGAGACGCUGGUUUCGACGAAUAUAACCGCGAAUGAGAGCGUAUGCGACAUGGUGAAAUGGACGGAUCGAGCGAACAUCCUGGUGGAUUUUCAGGCACAACGGAACAGCCGAGCUGGCGGAGGAUAUUACGGUGGAUCCGGACAACAUCACCACCAUCACCACCACGGACACCACUCCGAUCUAAGCAAGAUGAGCCUACAACACUUCUACGGUGGCGUAUUGCAAGCAUUCACAUUCGAGUUUCUCGAACCAUACUCGAACGGAACGGCAUGCGAGCUGUACGGGAACUGUCUCGAGUGUUUGUCCGAUUCGUCCUGCGGUUGGUGCGAACUCACCGACCAGUGCAUAUCACGCCAUGCAAAUGAAUCACUAUCCUGCCGGCGUGGUGCCGAUUGGCGAUACCUAACCAUCCAACCUGCGCAUUGCUCGAACUGCUCGAAUUUUGUGUCCUGCGAGCAGUGCAUCGGUCACUCCGCACACCAGUGCGAAUGGUGGACGGAAGAUGCGACGUGUGCCCGACGAGGACGCUCGGAAGUGGCCGUUCGAGCGCUAGACCAAUGUCCUACACCAUGCUAUCUGCGGAUGGACUGCUCGGCUUGUCUAAAUGACCGUGGACGAUGCGUCUGGUGCGAAGCAACCAGCCAAUGCUUCUCGUUUUCCGUUUACACAAGCGAGUAUCAGUUCGGGAUGUGCCGUGAGUGGCUUGACCAGACGCUCCCAAUCUCGGGUCCAGCCGUGGGGGAUCAGGACACAGGUCCGCUUGUACAGCAGUGUAAAUCGUGCGCGAGUCAUCAGAACUGUUCCUACUGCUUGCGUUCGCUGAGUUGCGGUUGGUGUUACGAUUCGGACAAUCCCAUCAACGGUGUGUGCAUGCUGGGUGACUUUAAUCGCUCCUCGCAGGGUUCGUGUGGCCACGGGCAGCUUUUUGCCCUCGGUGGUGUCACAAACGUGACGGAUGAACCGGUACGCACGAGUUGGGCCUAUGCGCAGUGUCCGGAUGUGGACGAAUGUGAGCUGGGGCUGCACGAUUGCCACGAACAAGCCGACUGUAGCAACACCCACGGGUCUUAUAGCUGUAAAUGCCGCAAGGGUUUUGUCGGGGACGGUGUACGUUACUGCCGGCAGACGUGUUACGAGACGUGCGUCCACGGACACUGCUCGGGUGUGCCCGAUUUCCGGUGCAUGUGCGAUCUCGGUUGGACCGGCGUGGAUUGCAGCGUAAACUGCGAAUGCAACAAUCAUUCCACGUGUCUGCAGGGUGUCGGACGAUGCGAUCGAUGUCAAAACUGGACCGAGGGUGAAUUCUGCGAGCGAUGCAGCCCGGGCAGCUUUGGGAAUGCGACGACCGAGGCCGGAUGUCAGUGGUGUGAUUGUAACGGACACGGCAACGUGGCGCUCGGUAUUUGUGAUGCGAAAACGGGCGAAUGCUAUUGUCAGGACUACACCGAGGGGUUACGGUGUGAGAUGUGCAAUCGGAACUUUUACGGGGAUCCGAAGGAUGGCGGUCAGUGCUAUCACCAGUGCGCUUCUCGAGGAGUCCUGACGCAGGUAGGCACCCAAGGUCUCGGAUCGUACCAAUCGUAUCGGUCGAGCUGGAGUGGCCAGGAAACGCGCGAAUGUCUCUGGAUUGUGAGUCCGCAAGGAGCUGGCACUGCUGGCAUGUCGACGGACCUACGCAACGCGAUCAUCCAGAUCAAGAUCGAAUCGGAACAGAUGAAUGUGACGUGUGGCGAGAAUGCGGUGUACGUGUACGACGGGCUACCGGAUCUUACUGGGGUCGCUCAGCAGAAGCAGCUGAUUGCGGUGUUCUGUAACGAAGCACGUGGUUCUUGGAUGGCUGAAGCCCGCUCGGGUCAUCUGACGGUACAUUUCAAGAAGGGUCCUUCGAUGGAGGGCUUUAAUGCGAUCUAUUCGGUGUUGAGUUGUGCUGCGGCCAGUUGUCAACGACCGCACAUGUGUACAGAUGAUGGACGGUGUGUGUGUCCGAAGGGUUUCACAGGACCCCAGUGUAUGAUGCGCAUUUGUCCGUCGGAUUGUAACGAAGAGAGCAAGCGGGGUACGUGCGACAUCGGGUACGGAAGGUGUAUCUGUGCGGCAGGAUAUGGCGGAGACGAUUGCUCAGUCCCAGUGAAGUCUUCCAGCGUGGUGUUUACGGAGCUGUUCAACUCGUACCUGGUGUCGGAAAGCUUUGAGCAUUUGCGCAAAACGCUUCCCCGGUUUGGCCAUUCGCUUGUGGCGGAUCGUCGUGGGUCGUUGUGGAUGUUUGGUGGAUAUUCGCUAUCACACGGACCAUUGAACGACAUCCGGCAGUUUGAUACGAAGAACAACACAUGGAUGCAGGUCACGGUCGAUUCCAGCCCGGAAGAUCGAAUGCCACAGGGUCGUUACUAUCACGCGGCAGAAAUCAUCAGCAGCCGGCAAGCGAUCUACGUCUACGGUGGUCUAUCACGAAACGGCACACUCGACGAUCUCUGGCAAUUUGCACUUCAAACUCAACGUUGGAGUCUCGUGGUACCGGUUACGGGUCCGGGCCAGAAUGAAUCGCGACCACCAGCACUUGCUGGCCACACGCUGACGGCAGUCGGCCGCGAAGAAGUCCUGCUGCUCAUUGGAGGCUUCACCAUCGGACGUGGUCUUCAGAGUACAGUGUGGCUGUUUAAUUUGGCCACCGGAAGCUGGUCCGUGGUGCCGACUCAUGGUUCAGCCCCAGGAGGUCUUUACGGUCAUUCUGCGGUGUUUCACGCACCCAGCCAGGCGGUGUACGUGUACGGUGGUGUGCGAACGGUCGAUGGUGUUUCUGGCGUUUCUGGACGGUUGUACGCUUUCAGCGUUCCUUCUCGGCGCUGGACAGAGCUGCCGGGUUUCAUCUAUCACAGUGGCGAGUAUGUGCCAGUGGCUCGGUAUCUCCACUCUGCGGUGGCCACGGAACACUACAUGCUGGUGUUUGGUGGUCGGGCCACCGGGAACGGUACGAACUCGCUAGCCAAGGACCAUCCGGACGAGGUGAUGAUAGCGUACGUGUACCGCUGCAAUCAGUGGAUCCGGUUGGCGAAAGAUGCCGUGAAGGUGGGAAGUAUCUACGGGUAUACGUACGCCCAAGCGAUGGCCCAAGAUCCGGAUGGCGGAUCGACCUACGUUGUAGGCGGCUGGGAUGGUAGCAAUCAUUGCCGUGUGACACGUAUCGAUCUGCCGACGGAUAUAUGCGAUCUGUGGAGCACAACCAAGUACUUCUGCCGGCAGUAUACGGGGUGCAGCUUUUGCUCGGUUAAAGGAGUAUCGCUGGUUGAACCGGCGUCUCAUUGCUACUCCGCUGGAAGUGCGUAUCACGCUUGCGAAGGAUACAACGGGACGAUCUCAUUCAACAGUGGCAUGUCUUGCGAUAGCGAAUGGAUCGGACGGAGAGCAUGCAGUUCGUUUAAGGUGUGUUCCACGUGCAUGGCCAGUUAUCCGUAUCACGGUGAAACGGAAUCCCCGUGCAAAUGGUGCCCGGAUUGCCAUCCAAAAGGUGCCUGCGUACAACGUGGAACCGAGUGUGGCGCGUUGAAGGGAUGUUCCACUAACCAAACGGCAGCCGGAACGCAGGACGAAUGUCCGUGUCAUUCAGCGAACGGGUGUGUGGCCGGAGAUUGUGAGAGUUGUCGCGCUUUGACGGGAUGCAGUUGGGAACAGGUUCCCGGAGGGACACGGUAUCGUUGUCGGGACACGGAGGAAACCACCCGUAAUGAGACACGGAUCGUAGGAAGUUGUUCGGCGCCGUGUAGCAGCUUCCGGAAUUGCAGCUCGUGUGUGAAACAACCAGGCCGGCAGUCGGAAUGUCUCUGGUCGACGCAGUUGAACGAAUGUAUCGCACCCGCGUUUCAACCACUGUACUGUUCCGGUGGCAUCUGCGGGUUGGUGGUGCGACCGAACGAUCCUCAGCACUGUCCGGAACCGUGUGCAAGCUUCACGCAAUGCUCAAGUUGUCUCCGACACGCGUACUGUGGUUGGUGUUCGCGCAACGACACGGAUGGUGAUGGUGUGUGUACUGAAGGAUCCGUCGAAGGACCGGCUAACCAUCCGGCCGGAUCAACCUGUGCUGCGAUCUACCAAACCCGCAGCAAAACGCCCUCGGAAGCGGACAGUCCGUUCGGGUGGAACUAUUUCAAGUGUCCACCGGAGAACGAGUGCGCCAACGGACAUCACAAUUGCAAUGCGCGGUCACAGCGUUGUGUGGAUCAUCUGCACGGGUACGAGUGUGUGUGUGCCCCGGGUUAUAACACCACGAGCCUUGGAGGUGGCGGAACAUGCGUGCCAGUUUGUAGCCAAGGCUGCGUGCGUGGAGCUUGCAUUGAACCGGACAUGUGUGAAUGCGAUUUUGGGUACGUCGGUGCAAACUGCAGCAUUCAGUGUCAGUGCAAUGGCCACUCGAAUUGCGCCGGUCCUGAUCGGCUAGAUCUGUGCCUAAAGUGUCACAACAACACGAUGGGUCUGCAGUGCGACAAAUGUUUGCCGUUCUUCGUAGGAGAUCCUCGUAACAGUGGAGCUUGUGUGCCAUGUUCGCAGCAUUGUAACGGUCAAACGGAUUUGUGUAUUGCCCGAGAGCAGGAAGCUUCGAUGCGGAACAUGUCCCGGAGGGAGAUUGAGUCGUUGAUCAAUGAAGGACCGCUGGUGGAUGCGAUUUGUCUGGGUUGUGGUAAUUACACUGAUGGGGAUCAGUGUGAGACGUGCGUGCCUGGGUACUUCCGGAAAUCGGCCACUCCCGGAAAGGCGUGUUGGCCGUGUGAGUGUAAUGGCCAUGGGGACAUGUGCGAUCCGAUGACGGGUGAGAAAUGCAACUGUGGCAAUAACACGGAGAGUGACAACACCUGUUCGUCGAAGGGCAAGAACCAUGCGUUCAACUGUUGGUCUUUGCAAUGCACCAAGUGCCGGGAUUCGUAUUCAGGUCAUCCGUAUAACGGACAUCAGUGUUACAAGCACAUUACGGUAGAAUCGCGGAUGUGUUUCGACGCCAAGACGAUCGAUGAAUGCAAGAUAAAACCGCAACCACUGAAGCCGGGCCAGACGGUGUUCUUCGUGAUCCAGCCGCGUUACAUGAACGUGGACAUUCGCUUCAUCGUGGACGUGACACAGGGCGAGCUGGACUUUUACAUGAGUCCCACGGACGAGUCCUUUAUCGUGAAGACGAACGAAACGACGGGCCACCACGACAUACUGCUCGACAGUAGCUACAUGUGGUUCCACGAGCAUUUCUACUCCGAGCGGCGAACGUUUUUCUCCGCAUCAUCCUAUUUGUCGUCCUCGUCGUCAUCAUCAUCGUUGAUCCCGCAAGAAAUGCAUCCGCUCAACAUUCAACCAUCGGAGGUUUCCUCGAUGGCAGGCGAGAAAAACUCACCCGUUUGUGGAGGUGUGAUGAAUGAGCGUUUCUACGUGACCGAUCGCACCGCACGGGAUCUGAUAACGUACGUAACCCUGCGCCAGUGCAAGUCACUUUUGCGUGUGUUCGCUCUGAAGAACCGGCUUGUCGUGACACUCCCUCACACGGUACAUGCACUCGGACAAACUAAGUUUUAUAUCGCGCUCCGAGCGCGGCCCGGUUCAACCGCCAGCUACGGGUUGGUGUUCUUCCGCCAGGACCAACUGCACAUCCACCUGUUCGUGUUCUUCUCGGUGUUUUUCUCCUGUUUCUUUCUGUUCCUUGCCAUUUGCGUGUUGGCGUGGAAAGCGAAACAAGCUGCCGAUAUGCGACGGGCCCGGCGCCGCCACGUGGUCGAGAUGUUGCACAUGGCCAAGCGACCGUUUGGACGCGUUAAUCUUUCCCUCGAAAGCCCAUCGGAGGCUACGGUUACUCCGGCACCGCAGCGUCGGCGUGGUCGUGCUUCGAAACACGCCUCUGGUAGUGCGAAUAGUAAUGCCGUCACAUCACACGGUGCCCAUCACCAUCAUCACCAGCACCACAGUCAUCUGCAGCAGUAUCACCAACAGGACAUAGGCCCGAUCGCAUUGGAACCGACCGCGGAUAAUUACGCUGCCGUGGGUACGGUUUUUGUACGCCUGCCAGGCAAGCAAAAGUCCCAAAUGACACUGUCCCUCGCGUCGGCACUGAUCGUUAUGGGGCGAUCGUCAAGUAGUGGUCAUCCGUCCCACUCCCGGAAUGCCAGCGGAGGACACCAUCGUCGACGUAGCUCGCCGGGUGGAUCCAGCGUAUGCCAGGCGUCCCCACGGCAUCAUUCGCAUCAUUACAACCAUCAUCAUCAGCCACAGCCACAGCCGCAGCAACAGCAGCAGCAGCAUCAUCGUCCAGAGCCACCCGAGGUGGUUGGCCCGUUGGCGGAACGUCAACCAUUUAUCGAGGUGCAUUUAGAGCAGGUGCCAUUGCAACCAUUAGCACCGAACCGCGAGCGACCGUAG